CUUUUUUGACAGGACAGAUGUUUUUUUGACAGAUCCUGAAAUGUUCAUUCAUUUACAUGAUAAAUAAAAAUAAACCAUAAAAAUAAAAAACAGAAGUCCAAUUCAAUUUAAUAAUAAUAGGAGUUUUGGAGUCCUUUAAAGAUGACUUUGGGAAACCAUUCAAAAGCAUAUUUCGGUCAAAAAAAAACUCCAACGUAUCCACCACAAGGAGUCCGUUGUCAGAAAUGCUUGGAAUAUGGCCACUGGAGCUAUGAAUGCAAAGGAAAAAGAAAAUAUGUACACAGAUCUUCAAGAACACAAGUAUUGAAAAAGAAACUAAAAACUAAGGAAGAAACGACUGUCAAUAGUAAUGAAGCUAAUACUAAUAGAGAACAAUCCUCAAAAGAAAACAAAUCGAGUAGAAAUAACAGUAGUUCGGAAGAUAGCAGUUCUGAUUCAGAGAGUUCAGAUUCUAGCAGCAGUGACAGUAAUUCUAGCAGUAGCAGUUCGUCUGGAAGUAGUUCGGGAUCAGAAAGCGAUACGGAUUAAUCAUAUAUUGUAAUUUUGAUAUUCAUUAUGUGUAUUUUAAUGUGAUUUAAAUAUAAUUUAUUCAUUCAA